AUGCUGUAACACGUUAUCAGACGAUAUUCUCCUGAGUAUCGAGAGGCCAAGAGUGUAUCUCUCGUGACAUAUGCCUCGCAAUGUCAAGUGGUAGUAGAGGCCCCGCGUCCCGAUCCAAACGCGCCUGUCGUUCUUGCCGGAAAAGACAUCUCAAGUGCGAUGAACAGGAGUCGUGUUCUAAUUGUCAAAAAUCCGAUGGCCGCUGCGAGUAUGAUGAACAUGAAGGUUUUAUGGCGAAGCAAUGGAGCCCGGGCGAAGCUGGUCUCAGUCGGGUGGAGCUCCAGGAGGCAUUGAGUCUCGUCCAAGGCGCUGCACAAUCUUCAGUAACGGCUGCCAAUACUUUUAUCAACGAGACGCAGGCUACAGCUAGCCAGUAUAUCAUCACGAACUCUCCGGCCUUCGCGUCUCCUGGGUAUCACUACAACACACCUUCGCCAUCCGCUGCACCGCCUCGGCAGCAUAGCAUUUAUAGUCCAUCCUUAAUUGGGACAUCUCCAUCAGCGACUUUUGUCCCCUCUCCAAGGGUCGAGAGGUCAAGACGGAUUGGCCUUAAUUCAGACCUCUUCUACCUCGACAAGUACUGCCACGUGAUUGGUCCCUGGUUUGACUUGUUUGACCAGGAAAAGAACUUCUCUCUUGUUGUACCUCAUCUCAGUCUCGAGCACCCCCUUUUACAGCUGUCAUCACUAGCAUGUGCAUCCAGGCAACAUCACCUGACAUCAUCCAGCAGCGUCGACACGACUCUCACAUACUAUGACGACGCCCUUCAAAUGCUUACGGCCUCAUUGAGAGACGAGAGCACUUCCUCUUCCGCUGCAGUGUUUGCCUCAUGCUUAUUUUUGGCCCAUUGCGAAAUGAUUGGAGCCAGCACUCAGGACUGGCAUCUGCAUAUUUCAGGCACAUAUUCGUUGAUCAGGACUCAUGGCUGGCAUGGCCGAAGUGGUGAACUCGGGCAAGCAUGUUUCUGGAUAUAUUGUCGUAUGGACCUUCUUUCCUCCCUCGCGACUGGCGAGCAAACUCGACUUGACACCUCACUCUGGAUACCCAAUUCGCCAUCCCUCCCUGAAGUUUGGACAAUCGAUACCUGGGCUAAUCAUGCCGUCUUCAUCCUGGCCCAGGUCCAUAACUUCCUCUGCAAAAUACGACAAACUCCAACUUUCGGUCCCAGCCUCUUCGACGAAUGGCAAUCCCUCAACAACUUCAUCGAUUCCCACGAACAGAACCAACCCAGCAUCUUCCGACCACUUGUCUCCCUUCCACCUUCCGGAGACAACCCGUUCCCUUCCAAUUUCUACAUAUCCGAGGCCGUGAGCGCUGCCCUCCAGAUGUUUGACGUCGCCCGCCUUCUUCACAUUCUCUCUCGUCCGGAACGCUCGCGCUCCGAACGAAUAGCCCGCUUCCAAGCCCAAGGCGACAUCGCGACUGUCUAUAUCGAUCGAAUCAUAGCGAAUAGCAUCAUUAAUCGGCACGAUGUCAACUGGGCGACCGCUGUCCAGUUGCUCAGUUCUGCAGGUCAUGCCUUGGUGGGAUGGCGCAAGAGGAAGGCACUGUUGGAGUGCUUAAUCGAUAUUCAGUCGAGGACAGGGUGGAAUACUAGAGAUAACGUCAACGGGUUAUUGGAAUGGUGGGGUUGGGCCGGUCUUCUAAUUGAGAGAGGCUGGGAAUGGAGGGAUGUGACGGAGGAGAUAGGGGAGGAAUAUAUGCCUGGCCAGGCACUGAUGAGGAUGUUUGAGUGGAAUCUACCUGGGAGGAAUUCUUGAUUCACGAGGCCGAAGCUCAAUCACUACCGAAGCCGAACAGAAACGAUACAAAAGGCAAAC